GACUAAAAUGAAUUUGUUUCAUUACCAUUGUUGGAACUCAUUAGUCAUGUCAUGUUUUAUUAUCACCCAUUACUUCAACUUUAUCGGAGUAGAAAACUGUAAAUAUUUACUGGCCAAACUGACCAAUUUGACCAAUCGUAAGGAAUGUCCUAUUCAAACCAACAAUAGAACAAAACAAAAUAAUUCAAUGAAUCAUACUGUAUUAAUCUGUUAACUGUGCACAUAAAUUCAUCUAAUCGUGAUUCACAGAAAAUAAAGAAAUACAAUAGUUCCACUUCUUUUGUUUAAAGUUUAGAUACAAUACAUUGGUGGUGGUGGUCACAUAGCACAAGCAAAAUAGUCAACUACUUUUGUAGUUCAUUUGAUCGCGGAGAGCAGAAGAAGUCUACAUUCAAGUGUAUAUUUAAUUUCAAGAAUUAUAAUGUAUAAAAUGUCGAUUUUAAAUACUCCAACAUUGUGUUCUACGAUAUUUUUUUUAAUAAAUCAGUGCUAUUUUACAACGGCUACAUCUACAAGUACUUUGAAUACUGCGGCGGAUAGAGUACCAAGGCCCUUCAGUGUUUCCAAUUACACAGUGAACGAAUUUAAACCACGUGUUAGCGUAAACUUCGUUAAUAAUAAUAAUACAGUUAAAGGUCGAUAUAAAAGGAACGAGACACCAGCAGAUAAAUUAAAGGACGCUGCUUCUUCGUCAACGUUAAAAGCAAUUCGGCAAUUUUUAACAAUGGUCAAGAAUUUAUUUUCAAAGGACCCGUCUGGCGGCUCUCAUCCUAUGUCGAAAGAAAAUCCUAAGGCCGUUGUAAGACUCUUUAAGUCGACAAUUUACGCACAAUUAUUCCCAGAACCGGGCCAGGGCCCCGAAACCAGACAUCAUAAAAGUAGAAAGAAUUAGAUGAAACCUUGAUUCGAAUAUGUUUGAGAUUGUUCGAGUAGUUCUUUACAAUUGAUUCGGACAAAAUAGGUAUUGUUGAGAUUUUAUAUACUAAAUU